AUGACUGCGAACUUGGCCGAAAUGGCCGCUGUCAGACGCGCCGUGUGGAACUCACGCGCCGCGCAUCCCAGAGUUGUCCAGAUGGAGCUUCUCUCGCACCAGCUUGCGUGCCAGGACUACAGCGUCGACAUCCUUCGACACCUCAUCGACAUCGAACAGACGAGUCGCCCGUGCCUCGCGAGUUUCCAGGCCCAGCCUGAGAUCAACACCCACAUGCGCUCGCUCAUCUUCGACUUCGCCAUGUGCUGUCACACGCGACUUGCACUUUCGUCCUCGACCUUGUUUCUGUGCUUCAGCGUCAUCGACCGCUACUGCAGCCGCAUCAUUGUCAAGAGCUGCACCUACCAAUUGGUCGCCUUGUGCAGUCUAUGGCUCGCCUCCAAAUACACCGACAAAAAGCCCCGCGUGCCGUCUUUACGCGCGCUGCAAAACCUGUGUUGCAACCAGUACUCGCGCUCUCAAUUCCAGGAAAUGGAACUUCACAUUUUGAAAGCCCUCAACUGGGUUCCUUGCAACUCCCCUCCACACGACGUGUUCGUUGAUAUCCUUUUGAAAAACAAAAUCAGCUCUUUAAGCUACAAGGGACUGAAUCUCAACGAUUUGAAGUACGGGAGUUGUGUGUUGUGUGAACUGGCGUGCUUCGACCACGUACUUGCGUUCGAUUGUAACGCUAGUGCAGUGGCCCUUGCCGCUGUCACCCUCACUACACACGCGCUAAGGCUAUCGGUUGACGGCGAAUUUUUGCAUUACUCUACUAUGCUCAAGGACAUCAACUUGCAACGCGUUUGCAAUUUGAUCUUGAAGAAGCUACGGUCCCGCAGUUUUCCCUCGAGUUUCAAACUCAAAUAUCUGGGACAAAACACUUUGGAAUCUAACCCCAUUUUGAAAAGUUUGAUAGAGUACGACUUGAUGAUUGCCCCACCACUUGUUCCAUCUUCCAUGGUGAAGCCAACCUCCGUUCCCUCACCUACAACUCAAGAGUGCGACUCCCAGGCUGUCAACAUGAGCCCCGUUUCCUACACUGGCAAGUCAGAUACUGUUUUCCCCUCGCACAAUUUCCGGUCUCCUCGCAUUAACGUUCCUCCAACACCAAAUACGCCCUCUACCAUGGGACUGAAGUUCAAUGCCGCUCAUGCAGCCCAAAUUGCCACCCCCCAGUCGAAUGCUUCCUCAAAUGCAUCACCGGACCUCUCGAGAUCUAGUGGUCCUGCUACAUAUGCAAUUGGGUCUGGAGUUGUACGUCCUGCUAUUUUCAAGAGGUCCGAUUCCAAGCGCAAUUCGGCCAACAUGGAUCUGGAUUUCUUUGGAGUGGCCGAGGUAGCCUGCAAACGCCCGAGGUAG